AUGGCGGGAACAUGUUUCAGCACCCCAGGCCUGGACAGCGCCCCGCAGCUGCUCAGCAUCUCAGCACCAUCAGGGAUCUGCGGGAACCCUGAUGUAGAAGAGUCCCACCUGGAUGGUGCAGACAGGCUGAGAUUAGGAGCGCAGCACCUCCCACAGCACACUGGUCAGUCCACAACCGGUCCCAGGACCCUGCGUAUCCUGCCGGGGGGUGGAGGGGCCUCCUCCAUAGAGGCCAACACUGGCGGUGACCAGCAGGGCUUACUGGACCCCCACUGCCCUGCCCAGGAAGGACUGCCGCACUGUAAGGGAACAGAGAGGACAGAAUCCUCCUCCACCACUACCCCCACCCAAACCUGCCAAGCUGGCACCCAGGGCACCGAUGUGUGCGCCACGCCAGGCAGCAACCCCGUGGCUGGAGGCCUGGGCCUCUCUCCUCACAGGAUCUGCCCACCCGAGGCACCUGAAUUCCAGCUCCUGCAGGGAAAGAGCAUACCUGACCCCGCGGCCAGCACACCCCCACAGGCCAAAGAGAGAGAGCUGGUGAAGGACAGAGAAAGGAGGUGGAUUCAGGGCAGCCGGGGGCCGACAGCGCCUGAGGACGUCUUCAGCGUCUUCAGGAUUGUUCGGCCUGACCGGACCAUGGAGCAGAUAGUUUUCCCUGUGCCCAGCAUCUGUGAAUUCCUCACGCGAGAGUCCAAGUCCCGCGUGUUCAACACGACAGAGCGGGAUGAGCAAGGAAGCAAGGUGAACGACUUCUUCCAGCAAACGGAGGAUCUCUACAACGAGAUGAAGUGGCAGAAGAAAAUCAGGAGUAACCCCACCCUGUUCUGGUUCUCGAGGCACAUCUCCCUGUGGGGAAGCAUUUCCUUCAACCUGGCCGUGUUCAUCAAUCUCGCUGUCGCCCUGUUCUACCCAUUUGGAGAUGAUGGAGAUGAAGGCACACUUUCACCAUUGUUCUCGGCCCUUCUUUGGGUAGCUGUUGCGAUCUGUACCUCGAUGCUGUUCUUCCUCUCCAAGCCCAUGGGGCUCCGACCAUUUCUCGUGUCCAUAAUGCUCAGAUCCAUCUACACAAUAGGUCUGGGCCCCACGUUAAUCCUUCUCGGCGCUGCGAACCUUUGCAACAAGAUCGUCUUCCUGGUGAGCUUUGUGGGGAAUCGUGGCACGUUCACACGCGGGUACCGGGCAGUGGUCCUGGACGUGGCCUUCCUCUACCACGUGGCCUACGUGCUGGUCUGCAUGCUGGGCCUCUUCGUGCACGAGUUCUUCUACAGCUUCCUGCUCUUUGACUUGGUGUACAGAGAAGAGACCCUGCUCAACGUCAUCAAGAGCGUCACCCGAAACGGACGCUCCAUCAUCCUGGCGGCCGUCUUGGCCCUCAUCCUCGUCUACCUGUUCUCCAUCAUCGGCUUCCUCUUCCUGAAGGACGACUUCACCAUGGAGGUGGACAGACUGAGGAACAGGACCCCGGCCGCAGGGAAUCGGGACGUGCCCUCGGUGACCUUGCCCUCCACCCUGGGGACCUGUGACAAGGAGAGCUGCUCACCUGCAGCCCCCGCCUCCAGCGCAGCGGGCGAGGAGCAUGAAGACGGCGUCGAGAGGGCGUGCGACACGCUGCUCAUGUGCAUCGUCACGGUGCUGAACCAGGGUCUCCGGAACGGAGGCGGCGUGGGGGAUGUGCUGCGGAGACCGUCCAAGGACGAGCCCCUGUUCGCGGCUCGAGUGGUGUACGAUCUCCUCUUCUUUUUCAUCGUGAUCAUUAUCGUGCUGAAAUUGAUUUUUGGCGUUAUCAUCGAUACUUUUGCUGAUCUCAGAAGCGAAAAGCAGAAAAAAGAAGAAAUCCUGAAGACGACCUGCUUUAUCUGUGGACUCGAGAGGGACAAGUUUGAUAAUAAGACCGUCUCCUUCGAGGAGCACAUUAAGUCAGAGCACAACAUGUGGCAUUACUUGUACUUCGUCGUCCUGGUGAGGGUGAAGGACCCCACCGAGUACACCGGCCCCGAGAGCUACGUGGCGCAGAUGAUUGCGGAGAAAAACCUGGACUGGUUUCCUCGGAUGCGCGCCAUGUCCCUCAUCGGCAACGAAGGUGAUGGUGAGCAGAAUGAGAUUCGGAGCCUGCAGGAGAAGCUGGAGGCCACCAUGAGCCUGGUGAAGCAGCUGUCCGGGCAGCUGGCCGAGCUGAAGGAGCAGAUGACAGAACAGAGGAAGAACAAGCAGAGGCUGGGCUUCCUGGGCUCCAACAUCCCCACGUGAGCCGUCCCUUGUCCCCACGCUGAACGCAGGGCAGGGGGACAGCGUGGCUGGCCUCUCCCAUUGGGGUCCUUUCUCCUCCCUGAAAAGAAGACUUGAGAUGAGGAGCUGAAAACUGGCUGAGAAAAAAAAAAAACUGGCCCAGAAACAGCUGCCAAAAAGACAAGCAGCUUGAACACAGCUCACAUGCUCAGUGCAAGUGGGGGCAAUCUGCUCCCAGGGCCGUGGAGGGUGGAGGAGCCAAGCGGCUGGAGGCUCGGGGAUGGCAGAAACACUGUCUGCUGGAUCCACGGGCGAUGUCUCGACUGAACUACAGACAGCACUGCGUGGCUGGAAUUUCUUCCCUUUCAUUGUGGUCAG